AUGUUCGGCGUCUUCAUCCCAACCCGCCCCGUCAUCCCCGAGAUGUUGACCGUCGGCCCCGGCCAAUUCGCCGUCUCCUUCCCGGCGUCACCUCCCUUCCACAACGUCGGCGUCUUCUUACACCCCGGUAGCCCCCUCCCCCCGGACACAGCAGCCGGGGUAUACAUGCAACUGCCCGGCUCGCAGGACUUCCGGUUUUUGGGCGCCCUCGCCAACGAGAAGCCCUCGGCCUUGUUCCGCGUCAAUUUGCCCGCCACGCCCACGGGGGACGUCGUCAACCUGGGGGUGUCGAUCGAGCCUGUGCAGAACAUCCAGGCGCAGAUGGCGCAACUUCAGCAACAGGGGACCCAAUCACCGACUUCCAACAACACAGUAGCAGCGGCCAAACGACAACCCGACACGAGGGUCCUGGCGCAACGAAUCAUCAAGAAUGCGUUCAACUUCCUCGCUAGUUUCGCGGGGAAUACGGCCAACGGGAUCGAAGUCGUGCCGUUGAAGAGUUUCCAGGAUUGGUGGGCCAAGUUUGAGAGGAAGGUGCAGGUUGAUCCGGGCUUUCUCGAGAGGGAUGAGGAUUGA